UGACUGCUUCCAGCAAUUCCUCUGAUGUUGAUAAAAUAGGUGAAGAAGUCUUACGCAGUGAAGAUGCUAUUGCAUCUAAAUCUUUACAAGAGGUGAGCAAUGGUCGAGGUUCCGACCAUGAAUACGAUCUUGAAGAUCCCUUCGAUAACAGCAAAGAUGACUCAUGGA